AUGUCGCAGCUAAGUAAGAAUCUGGGGGAUUCCAGUCCUCCUGCCGAGGCACCGAAGCGGCCCAUCUAUAACCGCCCCACGGUUCUGAUGCGGGCCCCGCCUGCCUCUUCCCGGGCGCAGCCCGUCCCUUGGGACCCACCUCCAAUUGACUUGCAGGCUUCAUUGGCCGCUUGGCAGGCACCUCAGCCUACCUGGGAGGCACCUCAGGGCCAGCCGCCAGCCCCAGUGGCUCCGAUGGCCCAACCUCCAGCCCUAGGAGCCCAGAUGGUCCAGCCUCCCCCUCUGGGAGGCCCUAUGGGCAAGCCUUCGACUCCUGGAGUCCUGAUGGUCCAUCCUCCUCCCCCUCCGGGAGCCCAGAUGGCCCAGCCUCCAGCUCCGGGAGUACUUAUGCUCCAUCAUUCAGUUCCAGGGACGCCCAUGGCCCAUCCACCCCCUCCGGGGACACCGAUCGCCCAUCCACCCCCUACGGUAACCCCGAUGGUGCAUCCUCCCCUUCCUGGUACCCCAAUGGCCCAUCCUCCCCCUCCGGGGACGCCGAUGGCCCAUCCUCCCACACCAGGGACACCAAUGGCUCACGCUCCCCAUCCGGGGACCACGAUGACCCAGGCUCCUGCGCCAGGAGUCCUGAUGGCCCAGACUUUGACUCCUGGCGUCCUGAUGGUCCAGCCUACAGCGUCAGGCACGCCAGUGGCCCAGCCUCCACCUCCGGGAGCCUUGAUGGCCCAGCCUCCGCCUCCACCUCCGCCUCCAGUAGCCCAGAUGGUCAAACCUCCGGGUCCUGGCGUCCUGAUGAUCCAUCCUCCAGGUUCCAGAGCUCCUCUCACCCAGUCUCCGGCUUCAGGAGCGCCGAUGGCGCCGCCAGCCGUCACACCUGCGCAACCUCUGGCUUCUUGGGUUCCACAGGCUCAGCCUCUGAUCCUACAAAUCCAGUCUCAGGUUAUAAGGGCUCCUCCACAGGUGCCCCAGGGCCCUCAGGCCCCACCUGCGCAGCUCACCACGCCCCCUAGCUGGCAGGCCACCUCCCAAGGUUGGCAAGCCCCUCCACAAGGCUGGCAAGCCACUCCCCUGACCUGGCCGACCACGCAGGUCACCUGGCAGGCCCCAGCGAUCGCCUGGCAGGCGCCUCCGCCGGCACUCCAGGGUCUGCCACCUAUCCGACCCGGCCCGCCACCUAUCCGACCCGGCCCACCACCCAUCCGGCCAGGUCCGCCACUGGCGCGUCAGGCUCCACCCCUGAUACGCCAGGCUCCUCCACUGAUACGCCAGGCGCCGCCGCCCAUCCGGCCAGCCCCUCAGGUACUUGCGACUCCGCCACCUCUCUGGCAGUCCCUGCCACCCCCACCACCUCUUCGACAGGCCCCGCAGGCCAGGCUCCCAGCCCCGCAGGUACAGAUGCCCCCCCAAGUGCAGGCCGCCCCUCCACCGAUGCAGGUACACGCUGCACCUCCAGCGGGCGCACAGGGACCCCAGGUCCAGCCUUCGGCCCCACAGCUCACGCACUGCCCACCCAUCAUCUGGCAGGCCCCCAAGGGCCAAGCCCCGGUACCACGUGAGCUGCAAAUGUCUGUGGAAUUCCAGGAUACACAGCAGGCCCAAGCACUAGCCUGGCGAGCCCCGAAGGCCCCAGCUCACUUCUGGCAGCCCCUGCCUGUUCAAGAAGCUCAGAGGCAGGGCCUGCCUCUGGUCCAGUUGGAGCAGCCCUUUCAGGGGGCUCCACCACCCCAGAAGGUCCUGCAAAUCCAAGUGCCCACCCAGCAGGCCCAGCCCUCAGGCCCCCAACUAGAGCUGCCUACCAUGCAGCCUCAGCCCUCCUGGCAGUCUCCGUCCCCGGGAGCCAUGCAGGCCCAGCCCACACCCUCCUUAGGGGCUGCGAAUUUUCACGUGGACUCCCCUAAUUCACUGAUGACUCCCCCCUCUGGAGAACCCAGAGCAUCUUCGGCAGACAAUGGGGGCUCCUCCGAGGAACACAGGACCUCGUCAAAUGAACGUAGGCCUCCUUCAAAAGAACGCAUGAUCUUUGCUGCCACUUUUUGUGCCCCUAGAGUAGUUUCAGCUGCCCAGGCACAACUGCCAACUACCUGGAAAAGUUUGCCAACCACAUUGGAAACCUUUACUGCCAACUCAAGGGUCUUUCCAGCUAGCUCCCAGGUCCACCCUGACUCUUCGAUUGCUGUUAGAGGUUCAUCUGUCACUUUAGAGAGCCUGAAGUCACUGCCAAUACCUCUGCAGGGCCCAUCUGCCUGUGCAGAAACUCUACCAACGAUUUCCUGGGUUUCACAGCUCAACUCCAAUGCCUCAAAGGCAUCAAAGGGGGCACCCACCUUCCUGAUGACUCCAGCAACAGCCACCUAUGGUGGGGCCUCCAAGACCUCCCAGCAGCGCAGCCCAGGUAAAGUGGCUGGGAAAAAGAAGCAUUUGAGUAUCCAAGAAGACAGCAGUGGUCGUAUGUUGACCCUGCAUGACUGGCAGACCUCAAGACCCUGGGACAAUGUAAACUUGAGUGGCUGGGAGGGCCCAAGCCCCCAUCAGGUCUUUGGGGACUGGGAAGGCCUGGACACGUUCCCUGCCCUGGGUGGCUGGGAAGGGCCAAGUACUUCCAGGGUCUUCAGUGACUGGGCAGGAUCCACUACCUCCUGGGUCCUGAGCGCCUGGGCGUACCCAAGCACCUUGAGGAGCCUGAAUCUCUUCGAAAGCCCAGAGAAUUCUGGGCCCGUGAUUUUUUCUGAGGUCCCAAGUCUCUCUCAGGGGCUCAAAGCCACCCAGGAUGAGGUCAUGGUAGAGACUCAGCCACCAUCUCCCUUGGAUGAGAGAGCAAAUGCAUUGGUUCAGUCCCUCUUAGUCAAGAACCAAGCCAAGGCGUCCAUCAAGCGCCCAGAGAUGGUGAACGUCAUCAUCCGCAAAUACAAAGAUGAGUGCUUGGGGACCCUCAGCCAAGUCAGCCCUAAGCUAGAGUGUGACUUUGGCUGUCAGUUGAAGGAAAUUGAUCCAAAGAAACAGUCUUACAUUGUCAUCAACAAGCUAGGUCGUCAUAAAGUUGAGCAAGCAGCACCACAUGUAGACACCCCCAAGCUUGGUCUCCUUCUCUUAGUCCUGAGUCUCAUUUUUAUGAGAGGCAGUUGUGUUGGGGAGCAUCUUCUCUUUGAUUUUCUGUCCAAGUUAGGAUUAGAUAUUUGGGAGACACGUGGUCUCUUUGGGAACACAAGGAGGCUCAUCACCAAGGUGUUUGUCAAACAGAGGUACCUAGAGUCUAGACGAAUUCCCCACACUGAACCAGCAGAAUACGAGUUUCUCUGGGGCCCUCGAGCUUUCCUUGAAACCAGCAAGAUACUUGUCCUUCGGUUUGUGGCCAGGCUCCAUAAGAGAGACCCGCAGUGUUGGCCGUUCCAGUACCUGGAAGCGCUGGCAGAAUACGAGACUGAAGAUUUGGAAGACGAUGAAGCUGGUGGUAAUGCCAAUGGUCAGCCCAGCAGUCCCCCUCCCCACUAG